AUGUUUCGUUCUCUCUUGACGAGUACAGUAGGCCAUCGCUUACUGACUGUCUCUUCAAAACUCAACAACACAAGUACAUUAUCAAUCACAGCAGCAACAGUAGCCGCAGCAUCAUCAGCAUCGACAGUCUCAACAAUCAUAAUGCCACCCAAACAACAACAGAAACAGCAAUUAAAGACAAAGGCUGUGUUACCAAAGAUGUCUCAAUGUGCAGAGGCACUCAAGGGCAAUCGUUUCUACACGACCAAGCCUGGUUACAAGCCUGAGCCAUACCUAGGCCCACCUCCCUACCUCAAGGAGAUCGUCAAGUUGGAGAAGUUGCAAGGUGAGACACCAGAAGCCAUCAAGGAGAUCUGGCUCAAGUAUCACAGUGCAAAGGACUCGAUAUGUGCUGUGAUCCCCGCAGAGACCUACAACAAGAUGAAGUUGCGUGCAAAGUCGUGUCCACUGUUCGUGUUCCCACUGCCUGGCGACAAAGGCUACAUCUCGAUACUGUACCAGUGGCAGGAGGACACCUUCAUGUACACCUUCCUCGAUCAGUACAAGAAGUACACGAUCAAUGCCGUGCCCUGGCUCUCGGCGGCGCACUACACCGAUCUGAUCGAGUCCAAGGGCAUCGUGCUGAUGCGCGCCGACCCCAACCUCGAGGUGCUCAACACCAUUCAGGCGCAGUUCCUCUACAACCAGACACAGAUGUUCCUGUUGGACGACAAGAAGUUCAACAUCAUGCAGACCUUCACGUACAACCCUCAGCGAUUCGACUUUAACCAAGUGUUGAAGGAGAUUGACAGCCAGCAAUCGAUGCUGGAAGGUCUAACAGACACGAGCAAGCUGAAGGAGGCAAAGGUUAUCGAGCCAUACAACCCUGUCGUCCAGGCCACAACAACUACAUCCACCACCACAGCCUCCUCGACCGUCAAUCCAAGCGAGAGCAAUCCAAUCGGAGAGAAGAUUCAUAUUGAUACAUAUCGAGCCAAGCAGACCCAUGUCACGCCAAAGACUUCCUCU